AAUUUUCAAUGAAUGUCUAUGAUUGGUUAUUACCAAUUGAGAGAUUAAUAGCAUUUGCUGCAGUGUGCAAGGUACUUGAACAUGAGCGACAGAUCUUGUAAAUAAAGCUCACUAGCUGUUUUCAGUGAGGCUGAACUGCAACUAAAUUUUGUGUGCACAAUAUUAUCUUUUUCCUCAUUGUGGAGAUAAUUUAAUCAAACAGGAAAGGACUCAAAUUUUGUGGAUACAUAUUUUUACUUCCGGAGGUAAAAAUUGGAGAAUUUCUGGACAUAGUACUUUUACGAAUAUGAUUGUAGUGAAAUAGAUAAUAUGGUAUCAUCACAAGAUACAAAAACCUUCUGCAGGGUCUGACAGUGUUAAAUUUAACUUCCAGUACAACAUGUGUAAAAAAUAUGGAUUUAGGGUUAUACAAGAGAUGACAUUAUCAUAGAUUCCAUGCUUAUUGAUAUUGGAUGGAAGGUAUAAGCAUGAGCUCGAACUUUGUGAUACCGUUGCAGAACAUCAAGCCUGAGAUGUUGUCACUCGCUCCGAACUUGCUCAACUCUGCUAAUACCACCACCUCAAUGAUGACACUUGAUAGUGAUGUUCUAAAUGCCUCCACAGAAGAUGGUGUUCAGUUGGAACUCUACAAUAUUUUCACAAUCCUGAUUGUUAUUCCUUUUGUUUUCUUGACUCUCUUUGGGAAUGUGAUGGUCAUGUUAGCUGUGAUGCGAUACAAACGUUUACAAAUUCCAUCAAAUUAUAUCUUGGUUAAUCUUGCCAUCGCCGAUAUUAUAGUUAGUAUUCUUAUGCUGUUUAUAUGUAUUUUACAAGUGUUUAUGUACAAGUUUGACACAGGAAAAUUAUGUAACAUUCCGUUCUGUAUCAUCACAAUCGCAUGUUCCGUUUCAUUGCUUAGCCUUUCAAUGAUAGCAUACGACCGUUAUCUCGCACUUGUUAAACCGCUAAAAUACACACAGCAACUAACUUCAAAACGUGUGGCUGUAUACUGUUUAAUAAUGUGGCUGUAUUCAAUAGUUGUUGCAAUAUUGCCGUUAUUACACUCAUGGCCAAUUGAGACAGACUAUAAACACAUCUGCAACUAUUUAGACAUUGGCUAUACUAUUCUCAUUCAGCUUGGAGUAACAUUUGUUCCUGCAUUUUUAUUAAUAUUAUUUGCAUAUAUAAAUGUUUGGUCUGUUGCAAGACACCACUCAAGAGCUAUUUCAGCUGUGCAACUUUCCCUUUUUCCAGGACUUUUCAGCAACAGAAACUACCACAUGUUCAAAGGUAAUAAAUACUCAAGGACUCUAACUCUCAUAUUUGGAGUUUAUUCCUUUACAUGGGUGUUGUAUGUUAUAUCAAUUGCCAUGGACAUAAUUUUUUUGAAAAGUGGAAGAUAUUAUGAGUUUUAUAAGUAUACUGGCAUUCUUAUUUUAGUGAAUUGUUGUGCUAAUCCAUUGGUUUAUGCUUACCGAAACCAGGACUUUAAAGCAGCCUUUCGAAGAAUACUUAAAACAAAACUAUGGUGUUUGUUCAAGAGAGGGCGACAUUCAGAUUUAGAAAGGAGACCAUCAAGAGCAUCAGAUCAACUCAGCAGAACCAACAGCUUAUGUACAAACCUACAACAAUUACAACUUCUGUAUCAAUUUGAUGCAAACACAACUAUUACGAUUCCUGCAUCAGGGUCCGAGGCUGCUGCAGCUAAUGGUCACUUGGGUUUACCACCGAAAAUUCCACCCACACCAAGUAAACAAUUAGCAUUGCAAGAACAUCAAAUCCCACCAAAAAAAGUUGUUGCAUUAUAAAUGUGUAUUUCUAAUUUUGAAACAUUUUUGUUUUGGUGGCUCUUUCCUCGAUAUGUAUUAAUUUAUACUGUUGUUUAAUUAUAGUAUCAUCAUGAAUUAUUGCAUUACAUUUGAUGUGUUUUUGAUAAUUUU